AUGGACGUCGACGAUCAUGAAUGGGAACUGAGUAAAGAAAAUGUCCAACCCUUGAGGCAGGGCAGGCAUAUGUCAUCUCUUGUCGCUGCCUUAAACCAAGAUCAAACUGAAGAUCACGCUAUUAGGACUCAGCAAAACAACUUUGAAUUGGAACUCAGAUCUUACACUGGAGAUGACCCUUUCAGCGUGUGGGAAAGCUAUAUCAAAUGGACAGAACAGCAUUACCCUAAAGGAGGCCAUGAUGGCCAGCUUAUGAAAAUGUUAGAAAGGUGCCUGCGGGAGUUCCAGGCAGACGAGCGGUAUAAAAAUGAUCCCCGAUUCAUUCAUAUGUGGAUCAAGUUUGCCUGUUCUUCAGUGGAUCCUGUGGUUAUAUUCACAUACAUGUUUGACAAUGGCAUAGGAGUUAAUGUAGCAACAAUGUACGUGGAGUGGGCUAUCAGUCUUGAGAGGAAUGGAGAUAGCAAAAAGGCUGAUGCUAUUUACACAGAAGGCCUCAACAGACGGGCCCAGCCGGAGGAUUUACUAAUACAGAGACAUCGGCAGUUUCAGAGCAGACUGGCAAGGAACAUAACUCUUCAGAUUGCUGAGACCCAGAACCCUGGCAUGGACAUGGGGGAGAAUGCUGAAAAAAGGGCCACCCUGGGGAGGUUGAAGGCCUCAGGUCCCUCUCAUAAAGUAGGCGUGGUCAGGACUGGAAAUAUAAAAAUAGGAUCUGCUGGAAGCUUAAAAGACACGAGGUCAGCUGGUUCUAAGCAGCUGCCCAGUCGAGGGAUACCUAUUUUUCAAGAUGAGAACUCGGCGUCCAGCCUUGCUCUACAGCAGACCAAUGAGUGGCAGUCUCUCCCAGUCCGAGCUGUUGACAACAGAGAGAACGACAAGACUCCUGGUGUUUGGACAGAUGUGAAAGUCAAGCAAAAACCUGGAACAGUUCUUCAUGGAGCCACAGCACCAUUCCAGAUACAUGAGGAUCCUGACAGUUUGGCUCAAGAAACACCAAGGAAAACUACCCUGAUCAACACCCAGCCUCUGAGCUCUCGCAAGGCCCAGCAGACAGAUGUGCUCAGCAACUUAAGGAGACCCCCAGCUGGAGCCAACUGCCUGAUGGAGAUCCCAAUGUACCAGAAGGAUAAGAUUUACAAUGGGCUGUCGGAGUUCAGCUUCGAGGAGCUGAAAGCUAUCAAGUACUGGAGGGCCAAGAAGGAGAAGCAGGUUGAGGCAGAGAGGCUACGCAAAGAAGAGGAGCAAAGACUGCACCAGGAACGAAUGCAACAACAGAUGUUAGAGAUGGCCGAGAAGUUAGCCCAGUUGCAGGCACAGGUGAAUCGUUUGAACUUCAACAGACCUGCUGACCAUGACGUCCAGCAUCAGCGCUACGCGGUACAGCAGCUAGAAUUAACCCAACAAAUUGAGGAAACACAAGCACUCAUGUCCAACAAUGUUCAACGCAUUUCUGAGAUGGCGGCCGAAACUGAUGGGCACGCAUUUAUUCAGAGAGCUGAGGACCCACAUGAACAGCAGGAUAGACACAACACAAAUUCCAAUUCUUGCAGCUUUGUAACACCAACCGACGUGAUGGAUACUCAAGCCGCCACUUCUAGUGAUUUCAUCACUCCGACCAACAUGGCAGCCACGAUGACCUGCAGUAGCUUCAUCACACCAACAGAGUCUGCUGCUGCAACACUCUCCAGUAGCUUGGUCACUCCUGCAGCCAGCCAAGCAAGGCCAAGUAAUCCCCACUGUGCUUCUACUAAAGGCAGCUUGAGGACACCGAUCUUCAACAACGCCUCCACCUACUCUCUGAACUCAUCAUCAUCCUUAAACCGCUCCCGUUUGCAAGGUUUUCAUGCAAUCACAUCUAGCAGUAAUCCAUCGUUGGAAUCCUCAAGUGUGUCAGCAUCGAACAGCAGUAACAGCAACCCUGUGACUAUGAACAGCAGUAACAGCGCCCCUGUGACCAUGAACAGCAGUAACAGCGCCCCUGUGACCAUGAACAGCAGUAACAGCUUCCCUGUGACCAUGAACAGCAGUGCAUCUCUCAGCAGUCAACCUAGUACAUUUACUGCAGCAUCUGCCGGGCCAGGCAGCACCACAUGUCUGACUGCACCCUCACCCACAGUGUACACUAAAGAAGCCCUCCAGUGUGUGAUGGGGAUGUUCAGCACCUCAUUCAUGACUGAUGAACAGUCCAUCUCUGAUGAUUUGGCGGCGCUUCAUGCCCCAAGUGCCAGUAAGCAGUUGACGUUUGGGAUUCAUGAAGACAUCGCCUCUUCCUUUCAACCAGAAAGACAGUGUCUGAAAAGUGCUUCAGUCAAGAAAGGAUUGAUUAACUUCUAUUGUGAUGAUGAUGAUGAUGGUAAAGAAAAUAUGGUUGAACCAGCCGUGCCAAAAUCUGAAGUGAAGCCUGCAUUCGGUGCUUCUAGUGAUGGUCUCAAUAUUUACUGUGAUCCGCCUGAAGACGGUGCUGCCAGAGCAGGAAAGAAUGGACUGGCUAGAGAUGCUGGAACGAGGACAAGUGUAAAACAAGGCCUUGGAUUUUCUCUUUACGAUGACGUGGAGAUGUUAGAUUUUGACAAGGAGGCUCCUGGCAUUGAUUUCACAAUUGAGUGUGGAGCCAGGAACGAGAUGACCAUUGCUGGACUAGACAGCUUUAGCUUGCAGGCCAAGUAUGCCUCUACACCAUGCGUCAGUGGUCUCAACAGAUCUCCCACCAGCAGCGCUGAAGGCUAUGGAGAGGAAACCAAAUCGUACCACCAGUCGCUGGCAGCAAGUAAAGUGUGUCCCAGUGCUUCCAGUCGCACAAGACCUACAGACAUGCUCAAGGAGGACACCCAGGAGCCCAUGGAGGCUGAAGCUGAGAGAGAUGUGAGCAUGAAUGAGGACGUACAUGGAGACUUGGACAGAUCGUGUAGACAUCACGUAGACACAACCACCUACAUCACCCAGGACCUGGGUGAGAAGGCACAACCAGGCAGUGGAUUGGGACAUCAGGACCCGUUUGAUGAUGCUGUUAUAGCCCACAUCCUGCGCAGUUUGAAACCUCCAAUCACAGACUACCCUAACUUUGUGGCCUGCUCGGGUCAGAUGCCGGACAUCGUACAAGAGAAUGUAAUGUGCUUUGGUAAUGCGUGCAUAAACCAUGAGAAGUGUAUUGGAGAAGGGGGCAAUGCUAAGAUCUACAAGGUCACGGUGGAUUCCCUGUUGGGAGAGGACACUCUCACUAUGGACAGCAGGACUAUGCCUAGCAAAGUCAUCAAGAUUCAAUCACCUGCCUGCUACUGGGAGUUCUAUGUCAGCACAGAACUGAGGAGACGGCUGGCCACUCUUAGGGCACAGAUGAACGUUGUACCCUCUGUCAUGGAAAUUGAGAAAGGUUAUUUUUUCGAAGAUGGAAGUGUGUUACAAAUGGCUUAUGCUCCAUAUGGGUCCUUGCUGAACUUGGUGAACAAAUACAAGAAUGACAAAAGUCUGUUGGCGGGAGUGGAGCCGUUUGCUUGUCUGCUAACCAUUGAACUGCUGCACAUGUUUGAACAGAUCCACGCCUGUGGGUUCAUUCAUGGUGACGUGAAGCCAGACAACUUCUUACUGCUGCAAAUGCCAAAAAUCAAGCCAGGAUGCAGAAAACCCCAAGAUGUUUUCGGUUCACAUGUGCGACUGGUGCAGCUGAUCGACUUUGGGCAAAGUAUUGACUUGACCCAGUUUCCCCAGGGAACCACAUUCCUGGCCAAAGUAGCCACAUCUGGCUUUCAGUGUAUCGAAAUGAGGACUAACAGGCCGUGGACUUUUCAGACUGAUCUCUUUGGCCUGGUUGGUACAGUCCAUGUGGUCUUGUUUGGUUCCUAUAUGAAUGUGUUUGAGGAACGAGGAGUGUGGCGUGUCACUGGAAACUUUAUGAGGAAAUGGAAUGUGCCACUGUGGAAACAACUCUUCGCUGAGCUUCUCAAUGUUCCGUCAUGCGAUCAGCAGCCUAACCUGGCCAGUUUGAGGGCAGAGUUUGAGACCUACUUCACUGAGAAUCUGGUUCCUGCAUACAACAUGUGGGUCCAAGAAAUCAAGAAUUUGGACAUAGUCGAUGAAUGA